AUGGCUUUCAAUAGCUCUUCGACAUGGGCUGGUAGUGUCGGUUCAUCCUCUGGAUGGUCUUUAGAAACGAGCUGGUGGCCAUCGGACAGCACAUCCGGAAGAAGUACGUUGGCCUCGAGAGAUGGUGGCUCGUUGAUGGUAACUUCUUCAUCAGGACCAACUAUAGUGACGCCAUCGAGCUCACAACUUUAUUCCAGUUCGGAGAUUGAUAGUGCAUCGUUAGGACAAGUUGUAUCGUCCCAAAGCCCGCAAUUGUCCAGGCUGUGGUCUCGAAGUUCUUCAGCAGUCGUCCCGUUGAGCACCUUGGAGAGCUCGAGUGCAUCUGGGGUCUCUAGUUCGUCGACAAGUGCAUCUGAAAGCGAACUUUCUUCCGUGCGGUCUGAAUCUUCCAGCAGUUCCGGUUUAGAACGCUCGUCGGCAUCAUCGGCAUCGUCUUCGUGGGCGUCAAGAUCAUCGUCAUCGUCGCCAUCUUCCUCUUCCGACUCGGAUACCUCCGUUAUAGACCUCUCAACUUCUUCGUCGAGCUCGGAAAGCGUGAUACCUUCCACGUCAGUGUUGGAACCGCAAAGCACUCCUUUCUCUUCUUCAUCAGCGACUUCGGCUUGGACUUCGACAUCGGCGCCAAGCUAUACGGUUUCACAGGACUCCCGGUCGAUCUAUUACAUAUACACCCAGCUUUACCACAUCACAGGUUCAACCACUACGUUUGAUACAGGGCUUCCAACUACGACUGCUCGUGCGAAAACCGUCACCAGCAGCUUCUCGGUCCCCACCAGCACGCAGACUCGAGGAAUCCAGUUUUAUGAAAAUUGGCUCGACGGGGGUCUUGGUGAAGCCAGCAGUCCAUCUAGUCCAACUAAGAACAAGAUAAUAGGCGGCGUAGUUGGAGGGGUCGCGGGAGCUCUGCUUUGCGGAAUUGUGUUAUGGCUCAUGUUCUUCAGACGUAGGAAGAAAACGACAAAAGCGCCUCGAGGAUUCACAUCUAAGAUCGGUCGUCGGGCAGGAUAUCCACUACCGUCCCAGGCAUCAGACCAUGACCAAGAGAAGGUGUCCCCUCCUGCCACUGGCAGCGGACAGACGGCCCUUUUGUCCAGGAUAAAGAGUAAAGCCAUGGCGCAAAUAUCGAGGAACAAAGGCGAAACAGAUCCUCGCAACGACAGCGGAAAUCCAUUUCAAGAUGAGUUCAAUUUCCAAGCCAGGCGACCUCCUCCAAUCCCCCCGUCAAGAAACAUUACUGGUAUUUACGCCUCAGCGGACCCAGAGGUGCCGGUCGAUCACAGGUUUUCUUACGUAUCAUCGCUGACCGACUCCUCCUAUAUCUCGUCAACGCAAGGCAAUUACUCUUCAAUGUCAUCUUCUUCAAUAAGGUUGGCCCCAGACGCUGAGCGAAAUCCUUCAGAGAGCGCUCGCGGCUUUUUACGAGAAGUGAUAUGA